CAUAUUGAAACUAUACCAUCUAACGAGUCAGUGGGCUUCUUACGUCCUCCUGCAAAGUGCCACAAACAUUUUACAAGCGCGUUCUGUAUUCUUGCACACGAGCGCUACCACAUUAUCAUAUUAGGGCGCAAGUGACAGCUGAAAUCAAUACCAGGGUGGAACGCCCUUGUUCGCGAACCUUAGAGACUACGCCAUGAGGGACACCACAAAAUACAAUGCGUCCUGCCUUAUCGGCAACUGGGCGGAAGAUAGGGAGCUACAAAGAGCGAUUUUGAAGGACAUGCUAUCGAAGAAAGGCACCGGAACGCUCAAGCUUGAUGCCUUCCGCACGCGCAUGGCUGCGGCGCUGUCUGACCUGGAGCUGACCAAGGUGGCCGACGACCCAUACAUCCACUUUGGCGACGUGGUGCAGCUGGUGCACGUGGACACCGGCUGCGUGCUGGCGGGUGACCCCGCCGACGCGGACACGCGCACGGGCGAGUCGACGUGCGCCGCCACGGCCGCCCCCGACGUGCGCGCCCCCUGCCCCCGCAAUAGCCUCAUCCUGCUCCCCUACGUGCCGCCCAAGACGGCCACGGCGCUAGAGCCGCCCUACGACGACGCUAUCGUGCACUACGGGCAAAAGGUCCGCCUGGCGCUGCACCCAGGCGCCGCGGGUGAUCCGGUGGACAGCGGCGGCGGCCCGCGCCCGGUGUGCCUGUUCUCCAAGCCCGUGUCCACCACACACGCGGCGCGCUACAGCCGGCAGCAGCUGGUGGGCUUCACCGCCCGCACCGACUCCUUUGACUGCGUAUGGACCGUGGUCACGCCCGACCCGGCGCAGCGCGCGGCGGCGGAGGGCGUGGAGGUGGCUGCCGGCGCUCCGGUGCUGCUGGUGCACUGCGCCACACAGAAGCCGCUGUGCCUGGAGGCGGCGCGCUACCCCAACGACUACGGCGUGGAGCUGGAGGUGUCGGCGCGGUCGGCGCUGGGGCCGGGGCUCAAGCUGGCCAUGGAGCAGAUGGCCAUGGGCGUGCAGAAGGGCUUCCUUCCAAAGGGCGAGCAGACCGACAACUACUGGACGUUCGUGGCGGGCAGCAAGGUGGAGGCCCUGCCGCCGCCCAGCGCCGGCGGGGACGAGGCUUACUCCUUCCUGGACGGCCUGGUGCUGGAGCUGGCGUCGCGGCCGGGCUCGCUGUCGCUGCUGGAGCGCAAGCUGGUGACGCUGGAGAACAACCAGUCCCUGAUGAGCGCGGAGGACUUCAAGCUGGUGCUGCGCCAGGUGGGCAGCCAGCUGCCGGAGGACGGCAUUGCGGCGCUGCUGACCCGCUACGCGCCCGCCGGCAGCCGCCCCGGCACCCGGCUGGACGCGGCGGCCUUCCGAAACGACCUGCGGGCGGCCAGCACGGCGGCGGGGGCGCGGUGAAGCAGGCCGGGCUGGGUUUGAAGGAGGGGUUGGCAAGGGCGAGGUGAUUUGGUGGGCAGUGGAGGUACGGGGGGCUGGUAAGCGCCUGUUUGGUGACAGGCGUCGUGCGCGUGAGGCCAGCACGGGGUGGCUGGGUUGUACAAUUGGUGUACAAGCGGCAAGUCUGUGCCGCGCUGAUGUGCGUGCAGGCAGUUAAACCAUGACUGUCGGACGGCCGGGGGUGUGAUAAAGAUGAGUGGGUACAUGCGUGGGCAAUGUUUGACGUGUCAACCACAUCAACGCUGACGCUUGUCAUUACCAGGAGUUUGUUACAACUCCCUCAAACAAAUUUUACGUAUACACAAACAACUUUAGCAAACCCUUGCUAUAACGAGGUGAAGCAUCCAAGUUUAAUUGCCGCAAAGAUGGCCGCCCGCGCAUUCUCCGGCCUCCAAAAGCAAGUGUUCAGCUUGUACCGAGCUUGUAUGAGAGGGGUCAGAUCGAAGCCUGAAAGUGAGCGCGCAGACCUUCGCGAAUACGUUCGCGCCGAAUUUAAUAAGGGCAAAUCGCUGUCGCCCAAGGACAUCCAGCGCAUUGAACACAUGCUACGGCAUGGCAAGAAGAUGCUUGUAAUGCUGAUGGCACCUGGAGCCAGGAUGUCGUGGAGCCGGCCCAGCAACACCUGAGGGAGGUACCAAAAACAUCUGGGCACAUCCUACCCUUCACAGCGCUCAUCAUCACACUGAGGGCCAUUCAGCGCCGGCCCCCUGCCCUCCAACUCCUGGUUGUUGCUGCGGUUGCGCCCACGCAUGCGCUCUGACCCUCAACACCUGGCGGCCAGUCUCCGCAGCAACCUCAGCGGCUUCACCACAUGAUGCAAGCGUCCUUUGAGGCAUGGCGUAUCUCAAUCUGCGGGUGUCCAUGGUGCAACCGUUGCCGUUGUGACAGGCGGUCCGUGUCCGUUGCAUCGUCCCUGCACCACGGUGCUGCACCCGUUGCUUGUCCUGUGGUCUGUGCGACACACAACCGCAGCAGCAUACACCGCGGGCAUGGUGCGUAUGGUUUGAUGGACGCGUGCGUGUUUGGAUGUGCAGUGCGGUAGCCCACAUGGUGUGUGCCAGCGGCGUGUGCCUUUGUCGGUCGCAAACGCUACACGCUGACCCGCUGCGGGUGUGGGUCGAGCGCUCUUCAAGCGGGGACUCUGGUAGCAUCGGGACAUCAUCGGCCCAGUGACCGAAGUGUGGAAAAUGUGAUUGUUGUUGUUGGAGGCGCUGAUGUGGGCGAGUUCGGCUCACCGGCACUGGCGCACACUGGCGCUACCGGACUGAAGACGGAACGGGAGAUUCGUAGUUGUUUGGCUUCGUGGCAGCGGGGUGAUUCCUAUGACGGGUUCCAAUAGACCAAUAGCCUUCCAAUCUAGGCACUGCUUGACAAGGCCGUGCCAGCCUGCCUGCUGACGUCAAGCCUGACGGAAAAGGUGAUUGUCAGAUCGUGUAAAGCCUCGCCCUG